AUGAAGGUUGGACCUGCAGAAAAACCGACUGAUGCCAUGCAAUUACUUAGAAUCAUCUGCGGAAAUAUUAUGAAAUUGCCAAAGGCUAAAGCUGACGACCUUAUGGGAAACGUAACAAAUGAGCGGGGACUUCCAACGCACUCACUGCAACCACUAUUUAUUGCUGCCGAAAUGGGAAACACCGAAUUUGUAGUAGAGUUCAUUCGCCAAUAUCCAGAUUUAUUAUGGAAGAGAAAUGACGAUAACCAAACUAUAUUUCAUGUUGCUGUCUUACAUCGUCAUGUGAGUAUCUAUAAUCUUCUGCAUGAGAUAGGCUCAAUGAAGGAAAUGAUAACAUCUGUCGUGGACAAGAAUGGAAAUAAUAUGUUGCAUCUUGUUGGGAUGGUGGCAAACGGACAUGAACGUGAAGAUAAUUCAGGAGUCCGUCUACAAAUGCAACAUAUGCAACGUGAAGUGUUAUGGUUCAAGGAAGUAAAAGAUAUGAUCCCUCCUUCUUAUCGGAAAAUGAAGAACAAAAAUGAUCGAACACCAAAAGAAUUGUUCAAGAGUGAACACGACUAUCUACUCUUAGCGAAUGAGAAAUGGAUGAAAGACACGGCUAACCAGUGCUUGCUGAUUGCUGCGCUCAUAGCUUCCACAGGAUGCUCAGCAGCUUUUGCAGUUCCAGGUGGAUACAACCAGAACACUGGUAUGCCUAUCUUUCUUCACAAUCGACCAUUCAUAUUCUUCAACAUAUUAAAUGCCAUCUCUGUGGUAUUCGCUGCCUAUUCGAUCCUCAUAUUCUUAUCCAUUUUCAUAUCUCGCUAUACUGAACAUAACUUCUUGGAAUCAUUGCCCAAAAAAUUGAUGAGAGGUCUGUCAGCACUUUUCUUCUCAGUCGCAAACAUGGCGGUGGCUUUUCUUGUUGCUUUCUUCUCCUUUUGGCAGGGAGAGUUGAUUUGGGUACCACUUUUUAUCAGCAGUUUUAUUUUCAUGCCAAUCAUUUUAUAUGUGAGACUGCAAUAUGAAGUUCAAAUGGAUGUUUAUCACUCAACAUAUGGUUCAAGGAAUCUCUUCCGGCCAAAAAAGCUUAGGCUCUACCACCAAAAUCCAAGGUUGUAG